UGGUGUGGCUCCUUCGACCAUAGAUACUGAUGACAAGUCCAGCCAAUCAGCUGUUCUUGUUUGUACACGUUCCCGUGUUGUUAUUCUUGCUGGUGGAAGUUAGUGUCUUGCUUGAUUAGAUAACGCAUAAUGACGUCAUACCGAAGUUCGCUUUUGCAGUAGGGUAAAGUGUUUAGGCUUUUGGGUGCAAGAAAAAUGACUGACACAGAAGAAAUAGAUGGAAAUACUAUUUUGGCAGAAGCCUUGAGAGACCAGGGAGUGCAAUAUGUUUUUGGAAUUGUUGGCAUCCCUGUUGUGGAGCUGAGCAUGAGCCUACAGCAGGCAGGAUUGCACUAUGUUGGCAUGAGAAAUGAACAAGCAGCUUGCUAUGCAGCUCAAGCUGUUGGCUUCCUCACUGGUCGACCAGGUGUUUGCCUUGUGGUCUCAGGGCCUGGCUUGCUUCACUGUACUGGUGGUAUGGCAAAUGCACAGAUUAACUGCUGGCCAUUGAUAGUGAUUGGUGGUUCAGCUCCUCAAGAUCAUGAAGGGAUUGGUGGAUUUCAAGAAUGUCCACAGGUAGAACUGAGCCGCCCAUAUUGCAAAUAUGCUGCUCGCCCACCAAGUUCUUCACUCAUUCCACUGCACGUUGAAAAAGCAGUUCGUCUCUCUGUUUAUGGAAGACCAGGUGUGAGCUACUUGGACUUUCCAGCAAACCUGCUUAUUCAACGUGUGCCACGGGACACUGUGGGAUGGAUGCCACCUUGUGCCAGUCCACCUGUUAUCUAUCCAGAUCCAGACCUUAUUCAGACUGCUGGCCAAUUGCUGACCAGUGCAAAACACCCACUUGUAAUAGUUGGCAAAGGAGCAGCAUAUGGAAAGGCUGAGCAUGCAGUUAGAGAACUGAUUAAAGCUACGUCCUUACCAUUUUUGCCAACUCCAAUGGGGAAAGGUGUUGUGAGUGACACUGAUGAACACUGUGUUGCAUCUGCAAGAACAUUUGCUCUUCAAAAUGCUGAUGUCAUACUGCUACUUGGUGCCAGACUCAACUGGAUGCUACAUUUUGGACGACCACCCCGUUUUGAUGCUGCAGUGAAGAUAAUACAGGUUGAUAUUUGUGCUGAAGAGCUUCAUAACAGUGUAGCUUCUGCAGUGGCCAUUCAGUCUGAUGUCCAAGUUGCAGCAACACAACUGGCAACACUUCUCCGAUCAAAAGUGUGGAAGCUUCCUAAGACAAGUAACUGGUGGAAGUUGUUGAACAAAAAGUGUUCUGACAACAAGAAAUCUGUACAGGCUAUGUGUUUGGACACAACAGUCCCACUGAAUUAUUAUACAGUUUUUCAUCAUAUUCAGGAACUUAUUCCAAAAGACUGCAUCAUUGUGAGUGAAGGUGCCAACACAAUGGAUAUAGGAAGAUCUGUUCUUUCCAACAUUCUUCCGAGGCACAGACUGGAUGCUGGCACAUUUGGAACAAUGGGUGUAGGACUGGGAUUUGCUAUUGCUGCUGCCUUAUGGUGCAGAACAAAUUCGUCAAGUAAAAGAGUCCUGUGUGUUGAAGGAGAUUCUGCUUUUGGUUUUUCUGGGAUGGAAGUAGAAACAAUGUUCAGGUACAAACUGCCAGUGAUAAUAAUAAUUGUAAAUAACAAUGGAAUAUAUGGUGGGUUUGAGAAAGAAUUCUUCAAAGACUUGCAGGAAGCUGGAGAAAUUACAAAAGUGACUCCACCAUCUGCUCUGUCAGUAAAUGCUCGAUAUGAUAAAAUGAUGGGCAUAGCUGGAUAUGAUGGUUAUUACUGUACAACUGUGCAACAGCUCCAGAGUGCUGUCCAGAAUUCGCUAAUGGUGAAUGACCGACCCAGUAUUAUCAAUGUCUCCAUCAAUCCAUCAGCAGAUCGCAAACCACAAAAUUUUGGUUGGCUGACUGAAUCAAAGCUCUGAGAUUCAGCUUUCUUGAAAUUUGUGUGCUGCAUGGGUACUUUUGCAAUGUGCUGAGUUAGGAAGUCUUUGUAUAUUGAUACAACUGUUACAGAUAUGUGAUAUUUAGAAUAUCUGUGACUAAAAAGUAUUAUAUUUAAUUGGGAUCCAAUUUAUGUGAAUGUGGUUACAUGUAUAUAUAAGGACAAUUUUUAUAUGAUUAAAUUUAUUAUGUUUUGCUAUGGUGACAUCAGAAAAAACACAAUAUAAAAAAUUACAAUUCAAUAACUAGUAACAAAAAGGUAUUAAAAGUACAUGACAUAUUUAAGGCAAUGAAUUUCAUGCAACCACCACACCAUGGUCAUGUUUGUCUGCAUACCAAGGUGGGCUACAUAUGUAAACUUUGUGUCAUGGCAGAGUAGGUGUCAACUAGUUACUUUUGGCACUUUGUUCAAUGAGGCACAUUGGCACUCCAAUUUUCAGAUUCUUUGUGGGACGAUAUGUGUCUUUCACUCAUGAGGUCAUCAUCACUGGACAAGUUGUCUGCAGAACAUCCAGCUGGUAACUUGGUACAAGCAGAAAUUGUAUGCUGUGGAAACAAUCUGAAUAUACACUUAGCUCCAACUGAAAACACCAGAUGGAAAAUAUUCGCAGGUGACCCCUUAUUUCUUCAUGUGGAUGUGGUGUUAGAACACUUGAUAAGUAAAUUACAGACCCACGAUGUGGUGUGAUGGAAUCAACUAAGAUAGGUAGAAAUUUAACAGGUAGAUGACUUCCGGCUAAUACACUGUCAUCAGUCAGACGCCCUUUACGGCACCAGGAAUACAGCAGUACCACAGACAUCAUUUCUUUAUGGUUCUGAACUGUGGCAGUGACCUUGUUCAUUAGUGUAUUUUUCAUACUGAUCAUGAAUUGUUAUGCCUUUUUGUUCUGGUACAUGUUUAAACAACUACUGUUCUUAUUAGUUGAGCUGGAAGUUUGUAUAACAAUAGGGCCAAAAAUAGCAAGAGACUGUUCAAAGGAGUAGCACAGCCAGCUUUACCAUCUCUUGCAUUUGUGUAUAUUUACAAUUUAUAAUAAUUAUCAAAUCAACAUGAAUACCAUUCAAGUUGAGCAAGGUGACUUUACUCUGUAUAUAUACAACCAUAUAUCUGAUCACGUGCAACAGAUUUCUUAUCUUUUGUCUGGACAUCUCAUUCUAGAGAAAAAAAGUAGCUCCCGUCUGCCAGUUCCAAUGAAGGUUUUUGGAUGGUUUCUCUUGUUUGUAAGGCAAAUGCUAGAACUGGAAUUCCCCCUCCUGAAUAUCCCCCAUGCAGAUUCCCCCUGGCCCCUUAACAGCUCACCUGGUGUAGGUCAGAAAAGCCCUUUCGAGGUAGAUAAAACCAUUAACCAUAGUACUGUCUCAAAUCAGAUGUAUUGAACAAGUUAAAAAAUAGCAAUGAUGUUACUUUAGGCAAUAGUUGUGAAAAUAUGCUUGGACUUUACCAAUGUUGUCAGUGAUUCAGGUGAUGGAAAUGUGAGAAUUUGCUUUAAAAUGACAGCAAUUCAUUAUUUCUUUUGUAGCAAGGUGACAGUUUCAUGCAUCACAUUGCUGUGAACUGUCAAUGUUCUUGCAUUUGGGUACAGUGCAUCCUGCCUUUUACUUCAAUGUGCUGAGUACCACAUCUUCACUAAGACAUGCUGAAAUAAACAAACUAUUUAGAACCACA